AGAGGAUGGUUAUCGAGACGCUGGGUACAAAUAUGUCAGCAUUGAUGAUUGCUGGUCUAAUAAGGAUCGAGACCCUUCUGGUAAUCUUCAGCCUAACAGUACACGAUUUCCAAGUGGAAUAAAGGCCUUAGCAGACUAUUUACAUAGCAAGGGAUUGAAACUUGGAAUGUAUGCUGAUUAUGGCUUCUUUACAUGUGCUGGUUAUCCAGGAAGUAUUCAACACAUUGAACAGGAUGCAAAGACAUUUGCUAGUUGGGAAGUAGAUUACCUCAAGGUUGAUGGUUGUUUCUCAAACCCUUUUACAUUUGAUGUUGGUUACCCCAAGUUCUCACAAGCUCUUAAUGCAACAGGACGACAAAUAUUACUGAGCUGCGAAUGGCCUGAUUACCAAGCCAAAUUGGGAUUAAAGCCUGACUAUGCUGCUAUUGCAAAAACUUGCAACACCUGGAGAAAUUACAUUGACGUACAGGACUCCUGGGAAAGUGUGUUAGGAAUUUUGGAUCACUUUGCCCAGAAUCAGGACACUUUUAUAGAGGUAGCUGGACCUGGGCACUGGAAUGACCCAGAUAUGGUAAGAUUCAAAUCCAAAACCCCUUGGAAUAGACUUCACUGUAACCAUUAAAGGCCACAGCCUGCAUUUCUGUUUUCAGUGAUAAGUGGGGGCAGAUCUAGGGGGAGGGUGUACGGGGUGCACACCCCCCUCCCCUCCAGAGAUGAAGCACUUUCUUCGUAUUCACUUUUGAAAUUUACCUCACCAGUCAGUUUACGCCAUUCCUCAGUGGCGCACCCCUCCUAAGAAAAAUCCUGGAUCUGCCCCUGACUAAUAUAUCAGGACUUGAAAAAAACUUGAAUUCCAGCUAAUGCCCUUGGGACAAGUAUCUCUCAAAUUUUGCUUGCCUUGGGGCAAGACAUAGUUUGUUCUUUUAAUGAUAUGUUGACAGACAACUUGCCUGAUCCUUUGCCCAUCAAGCAAGAAUCAAAAGCUACUUGCCCCGAGGGAAAAUAUACUUGUCCUGGACG